AUGUACCAGCAGGGAUAUCCUUUGAAUCUAGGCGAGAGGCUCACGGAAAAAUUCACCCUAUUUCAGGACAUUGUGGUCCGUGGCAACCGGACAAACACACUGAACCCGGAGGACUUGGUGGGACCGGAGAGCAAACUUCUGGAGAUCAUAGGAAGAACUAUGGUGGAGCUGUUCCCAACCGUUGAAUCUUUUGACUUGUUCGUGCUCGCGGGAUCCGGGCAAAGCGGCUGGAGUCUAAGGAUCGAAGUUCGGCAAUGGAGCAGAAUGGAGCAGAAGGAUGUUGUGGUGGACCAGAAGCGGGCUCUUUCAAUUCUAGAUCUGUUGGUGUCGAAGAUACAGAACUCUGAUUGCCCAGAAGUGAGAUUGCUGGAGCAAAAGGCUAAGGGAUACAGUGCAGCAAAUGAGUGGAGAGCAUGCUUCCGCGACUUUGCCUACAAGUCAGAUCAACCAGUUCGAAUGGUCUUCAACGACUCCGUGAGCCAGGCUGCUCCUUUGUUCAGGCCAGAAAAGCGGCCCUUGGAUCUUUUCUGCAUCUAUGAGCUUACACACAACCAAGGCAUCCUGGAUGAGAUCAAGGUCUUUUCUCGUGGCAUGGAAGUCUCAA